AUGUCUUUCAUCUUUGAAGAACUGGAGCCAAUUCCUGGAUUCAGGCUGGGAGACAGUACUUUGACAAGUAAAGAAACAUUCCGUACUUACAGAGAAGCUCCACCAAAACUGGAAGACAAUCCUGCUGAGGCGUUCACUGACUCCUCUCUCUUUGCUCACUGGGGCCAGGAUCUCAGUCCCGAGAACCGACGGAUCGCACUGAAACAAUUCCAGUAUUACGGAUACAACGCGUACCUGAGCGACCGCCUGCCCCUGGACAGGCCCCUGCCUGACCUCCGGCCCAGCGGGUGCAGAAACCUUACAUUUCCUGACAGUCUUCCUGAGGUCAGCAUUGUAUUCAUAUUUGUUAAUGAAGCUCUCUCAGUGAUCCUGCGCUCCAUCCAUUCAGCCAUUGACCGGACUCCUGCUCACCUGCUCAAGGAGAUCAUUUUAGUUGAUGAUAACAGUAAUAAUGAAGAACUCAAGGAGAAGCUGCAGAAGUAUGUUGAUGAAGUGAAUGCCCACAAGCCUGGCUUCAUCAAGGUCGUCCGACACACCAAGCAAGAGGGGCUGAUCCGGUCUCGAGUGAGUGGAUGGAGAGUUGCCACAGCACCAGUAGUCGCUCUCUUUGAUGCCCAUGUGGAAUUCAAUGUGGGAUGGGCUGAACCAGUGCUCACUAGGAUAAAAGAAAACAGAAAAAGAGUAAUUUCUCCUUCAUUUGAUAACAUUAAAUAUGAUAAUUUUGAAAUAGAGGAGUAUCCCCUCUCAGCACAGGGGUUUGACUGGGAGCUGUGGUGCCGAUACCUGAACCCUCCUAAGUCAUGGUGGAAACUGGAGAACACAACUGCUCCAAUAAGAAGUCCUGCAUUGAUUGGGUGCUUCAUCGUAGACAGAGAAUACUUCCAAGAGAUUGGAUUACUGGAUGAAGGCAUGGAAGUAUAUGGAGGAGAGAAUGUAGAGCUUGGAAUCAGGGUAUGGCAGUGUGGAGGAAGUGUUGAGGUUCUGCCGUGCUCCAGGAUUGCCCACAUUGAAAGAGCACACAAACCAUACACAGAAGAUCUAACUGCUCACGUCCGGAGGAACGCGCUCAGGGUGGCCGAAGUCUGGAUGGACGAAUUCAAGAGCCAUGUCUACAUGGCCUGGAACAUACCCCAGGAGGACUCUGGAAUUGAUAUUGGUGAUAUUUCUGAGAGGAAGGCCCUAAGGAAAAAGCUCCAGUGCAAGACCUUUAGGUGGUACCUCGUCAGUGUGUAUCCAGAAAUGAGAAUGUAUUCAGACACUGUCGCCUAUGGGGUGCUGCAGAAUUCCCUGAAAAGUGAUUUGUGCCUUGAUCAAGGUCCAGACACAGAGAAUAUCCCAAUCAUGUAUAUCUGCCAUGGAAUGACACCACAGAAUGUUUAUUACACAAGCAGUCAGCAGCUCCACGUGGGUGUUCUGAGUCCCACUAUCGACGAUGAUGACAACAGAUGCCUGGUGGAUGUGAACAGCAGGCCCAGGCUCAUCGAAUGCAAUUAUGCCAAAGCCAAGAGAAUGAAGCUUUACUGGCAAUUUACUCAGGGAGGCCCUAUCCAGAACCGAAAAUCCAAGCGCUGCCUGGAAUUGCAGGAAAACAAUGAAAACGAAUUUGGAUUUCAACUGGUCCUUCAGAAAUGCACCGGACAGCGCUGGUCUAUAACAAAUGUCCUGAGAAGCUUGUCAUCAUAGCAGACUAAAUUUUGUACCCAUUUCUUUUGCUACUGUGUAGCAAAUAUUGCAUUGUCGCCUGCUGUACUGUAUUCCUCUCGCUCCCCAUCCCCCCCAGUUCCUUCUCUCCUCUUUUUUGUCUCUUUGAUUUUAUUUGGUGAGUGUGUGGGAAUUGGGUUUGGGGGUUGAAAAUAAGGCAUUUUUAUUUCACAAUGAUGUUUUCACGGCAUUUAUAGAGACGUUGAAUGACAGGUGACAGGUAGGCUAUCCUAAAAUAUUUUACAACUGUAAAUAGGAAACAAAUGGAGAAUAUUUAUAACUCAAACUUUUAUUGAAUAAAAAAGUCCAAACACUAUUGCUGUC